AUGCAGUGGAAGAGAUGCACCGGCAAGGGCGGUAACAGCUGUACGAACGUUAACGGUGAAGUCGUCAUCGAUGCAAACUGGCGAUGGCUCCAUGUGAAGGAUGGGUACACCAACUGCUAUGACGGCAACGCAUGGAACAAAACCGCCUGCCCCGAUAACAAGAAGUGCGUUCAAAAUUGUGCCAUCGAAGGCGCAGACUAUUCCUCCACAUACGGCAUCACGGCGUCAAGCAACUCGCUCACCCUGAAGUUUGUUACGAAAGGCCAGUAUGCUACCAACAUCGGCUCAAGGUUGUAUCUCAUGAAGGACACGAAUAAUUAUGAGAUGUUCAAGCUCAUUGGAAAUGAGUUCACCUUUGAUGUUGACCUCUCUCAACUACCAUGUGGUCUUAAUGGAGCAUUGUAUUUCGUUUCGAUGCCACAGAAGGGUCAUGGCACUCCUGGAGCAAAGUAUGGAACUGGUAGGCACUCUCUCUUUCUUGUCACUAUCUCCGGCUACUGCGAUGCUCAAUGUGCAAGGGACUUGAAGUUCAUAAAUGGCGAGGCCAACGUUGAAGGCUGGCAGCCCUCCUCGAACGACCCCAAUGCCGGAGUCGGGGGAAAAGGUGCUUGCUGCGCUGAAAUGGACAUUUGGGAAGCGAAUUCCAUUGCCACGGCCCUCACUCCACAUUCCUGCCAGCCAGAAGGCUACUCCGUAUGUACGGACACUGGAUGCGGAGGCACGUAUUCACUCGACCGCUACGCCGGUUCCUGCGACGCCAACGGCUGCGACUUCAACCCCUACCGCGUCGGCGUGAAAGAUUUCUACGGCAAGGGCAUGACUGUUGAUACAAGUAAGGUCAUGACAGUUGUCACGCAAUUCAUUGGCUCUGGCAGCGAUCUCCAGGAAAUCAAGCGCUUUUACGUACAAAAUGGGAAAGUCAUCACCAACCCCGAGCCGCAGAUUCCGGGAAUGACAGGGAAUUCUAUCACCCAGGCUUGGUGCGACAAGGAAAAGGAAAUUUUCCAGGAAGAUAUCUAUCCCUUCAAUAAGCACGGCGGUAUGGCAUCCAUGGGCAAGGGUAUGGAUUUGGGGAUGGUGCUUGUUAUGAGUCUCUGGGAUGAUCACUAUGCUAAUAUGCUCUGGCUUGACAGCAAUUACCCCACAGAUGCGGAUGUCAAUAAGCCGGGAGUGGCGCGUGGUAGCUGCGAUGUUACCUCUGGAGUUCCGGCGGAUGUUGAGAGCGCUUCGGCGAAUGCGCAGGUUAAGUUUUCGAAUAUUAAGUUCGGGCCGAUUGGAUCGACUUUUGCGCAGCCCUCUUAG